AGAGGUAGACAGAAAAUGGAGAAACUAUCAAGCUUACUGGGGCUCACAAAGGCACUGCUGAGAGAGAAGGCCAGGAGUAUUAAAAUGGGACAACAGCAAAAAGCCCUCAGUGAGGGAGAAUUGAGAGGCAGAGCCAGAGGACACUCUAAGACACAGCUGGGAAGUACCAUUCAGCCACAGGGUUCCUGUGGUCACAGGGUGAAAUCCUCAGAAGUUAUCUGCAUGGUGAACAUCUGCCUGAAACAGAAGAGCCUUGACUUCAGCUGUCCCGUGUGUGGGGAGACAUGGGACUGGGCGCUGGCGAAGGACCAGAUCCAGCUCUCUCAAGCUCAGACCACCAUCCUAGAGGCCCAGGUCAACCGCAUCGUCCAGGAGCUCCCAGACAGAUACAAGAAGUGUCCAGUCUGCUCCUGCAUCCUCAGUCGUCCGCUGGACAGCACGGGUCAGCCGUGCCCCUUCUCCAGCUGCGCCCGCUGCCCCCACACCCACCACUUCUGCUGGGCGUGCCUGGCCCCGUGGCUCUUCCCCGACGAGGCGGGGGCGGGCCAGUGCAGCAACGGCUCGUGCUACCUGGUGGGCACCCUGCUCUCGUGCGACGUGGUGACGGAGCCUGGCAGCUCGGUGCUGGGGUGCCCGCGCUUCCGCGCCUGCCCCAAGUGCCUCGCCCUCCUCUCGCACACAAGGGACGGCUGCAAGCACACAGCAUGCCCGGAGUGUGGGCACGUGUUCUGCUACGUGUGCCUCCUGGACACUGCCGCGUGCCCGCAACAGGAGAAUGAGCACUACCUCCCGUUCUGCAGGGGCCAGAAGGCCAAGAGACAGUGGUUUGUUACACAGCACGGCAUGCAGUGUGACCUGCUGUCCACUUGACGGACGAUAUAUAUAUCAAACCUACAUCCUGUUUGGUGGGUCAGUUUCUGACUGUGCUUGUGCUACUGUGCCCUCUAAUGGUGUGUGUGACAUUAAGGGGAUUCAGGUAUCAUUUGAUUAUUUUUACAUUAAAAUUGCCCUAAUGUGUUGAGAUCCUUUUUAAAUACAGUAAAUAGAUUAUAAUAGAACAAUGACUGACACUUAAUGGAGUUAGAGAUAAGAUUUUAAUUUGAAAAAUAAUUCAAGUUCACUACACACUUCUAUUUGCCUUGUAUAUUUUUUUCUAUUGAUUUUAAAAUGCACAUAGUGUACAUAAAGUUAUUGUAGUUCACAGGUGCUGAGCAAAUUAACUUGUUCACUCACACUGGUAUGGUAUGUGAACAUAGAAGAUCUGUUUAUAAAACGAAUAUAAAACCACUGAACGGUGCUCCAAUGUUCCCUCACUGAUGACUAACUGAGAUGGAAAAAGAAAGAGAGAGAGAAUAGAGGGGUAGAGAGAACAUGUGGAGACAAAGAGAGAGAGAGGGGGAGAGAGAGAGAGAAUAAAGGGGUAGAGAGAACAUGUGGAGACAAAGAGAGAGAGAGGGGGAGAGAGAGAGAGAGAGAAUAAAGGGGUAGAGAGAACAUGUGAAGACAAAGAGAGAGAGGGGGAGAGACAGCAACGUGGACACCCACCUACAGCACCUCCGAGUCUGGGUAUUACUUCCACCACUUUCCCCCUCAUGCUCAUCCGCUCAUGUGGAGGGGAAAAAAAAAGAGAGAGAAUAUGAAGGAUGGAGAAGAGUGAAAGAUUUGAGCAUUUAUGUGCCGAUGACAAGACUGAAAAGAUUUUUUUUCCAAGCAUGUUGUCUGUGAGGAGAAUUAAAAGGUGUCUGUCAAGAGAAUUACAGGUUAGACAUCACAUAAAGAAAGGCUGUGUGAACGUCUCUACAUGUAUUAGAUCAGAUGGAGUGAUAGCAUUGCCAUACAGAGAAUGGAAGGACUGAAAUAACUGAGGUCUGGCUAAUGAGGUCAUGCUAAUGUCAAGAUGGAAGUGUGACGAGGAUAAGCAAAAGCUCAAGCUGAAACAAAACAAAUGUUUAAUAGUCUUGUAAACACAAUAUUUAUACCAUGUAAACGUGUAAAGUGUUAAAGAUGACAUAAACCAGAUAUAUUGUUUUAUGUAAAGCCUGCUUCUACAAUGAAAUCAAUUGUUGACCUUUUAGCUUGUAUAUGGCAAAGGUUGUGCUCUUUGUUUAAACCACACCGGUGUCAGUCAUGUAACACAGCAGUCUGUAUGCCUGUCAAGUGUCAACACUGGCAGUGUUAAGUGUAGUGUUUGUUCUGGUGCUAUGCCUGCUGUGUUUCAUGCAGGCCCUCCGUGAUGUGCAUCAGAUGUAAGCCGCUGUUUCAGCGCGGCUCAGGUGCACCGAAGCGUGAGGAAUCCGGCGCUGAGCAAUGGAGUGUCUGUCAAUUACGUUCCAUUAAUUCAGCUUCCAACGGGGCUUUUGUUAACACAUCUUUUCAGUCCUCAUACAACAAAGAAAUACAUUUAGACAUACACAGAACAAAUAUAUUGACGCACAAACAUAGAGCCUAAUAUGAAUGAGGUUUGGCAGAUGUUGAGAGGUAUUUUGUGAUUUAGUGACAUUAUCAAAAGUGUGGGUGCAUACACUUAAAAUGGUGCCUUUAACAGCACACUUGCUGCAAGUGUAAGCAUUUAACCCAUGUCCUCAUCUCCAUAUCUCAAUGUUACAGUGUUUCUAUGCUUCUAUGACCAGACAAUCACUGGUCAAUAGCUGACUGAACAAACGACUACAUUUUGUAGGCUGAACUCUCAUUAUUGUGACUGAAUGCAAAUAAUAUAAUAUUAAUAUUGGAUUAUCUCUCAGUACAGUAUAUAAUAAUAGUAAGUCACUAUACAGAUGUACUGUAAGGCCUACACAAAACCCUGUGGAGUAGAUUAUGACCUUUAGUAGAGUCACCCUGCAUGUGAUGAUUUAUCGUCAAUAUGUACAUACAAGCAUGACAAUUCACAGUUAAUUGUUCCUUUAGAGUGACAUUGUUAUUGAUGAUCUUGAAAAACUAUAUAUUGCACAUUUAAAAAGAACUGCAAAUGAAAAUAUAGUCUUUGCUUACGGAUUAAAACUUGUUUUUGCACAGAUUCUCAGUGUCCAGUUUGCCUCUGCAUCAGAUGGCUACAUGAAUAAAAAAACAAAAUACAAUACUUGAGGUGGUUUCUUGACACUGUCCCAUUGUCAAGUGUAAUUGUGCAUUGUAAGAGCAAACUUGGACAUAAUAAAUAAUUGAGAUAUAAUAUUAA